UGCCCCGCCCGCCGCUAGCAGCCACCAGGGUACAGCGCCGGCUAGGACAGGCACACCAGGGUACACCCCUAUGAGCGCUCAUCUCUCUGGCAUCGUAGAGCUACUGUCCGCUGACGCUCCGGCGCCAUUCGGGUCCACAUCCCCAGUCCUCGGGACAACGGACGGCCGACGCUCUCCCGUCCUCUCUGAGCGCUCCUCAGAUCUCGGCGGCGGCUCCUCCAAGCCGGGCUCGCCACGGCCGCCGCCGCUCAAAGCGCUGGCGCAGCCGCUGCUUGAGCGAGCAGAGGAGGGCCAUAUCGGGCCGGCGCCCGCCACCACAUCCGCAGACGGCGGAGGCGGCGAGGAGGAGUCUCGCUCAGUCGCGGUGACAAAGGCGCUCAUCUACGGGUGCAUCAACGCGGUGGUCUGCGCGCCGGUGAUGAUCUCGUUCGCGUCCAUCAUCUUUCGCCACCCCACCUUCCACCGAGACGCCGCCACCUACGCCCGGCUCGUCAAGCUGGUCCUCUUUUCGUCGGCGGUGCAUCAGACCGUCUUUGUGACGACCUCGUCGCUCGUCUUUGCCGUCGGGCAGGUGCAGGACGCGGGCCUCAUCUUCCUCUCCUCGAUGGCCAACCAGGUCGUCGAGGCGCUCGAGAAGCGCCAGGCUCCGUACGACGAGGUGAUCGCCACCGCCCUCGUCGCGCUCGCCUCCUCCACCACCCUGCUCGGCCUCGCCCUCGUGCUGACCGGCAAGCUCCGCCUCGCCGGGCUGGUGCAGUACCUCCCCCUUCCGGUGGUGGGAGGCUACCUCGCCUACAUCGGCCUCUACUGCUUCGAGGCAGGCCUCUCCCUCAUGUCUGGCACGGAGGUCACCUCGGUGGCGCAGAUGGCGGAGCAGCCGGCGUCGUGCCUCGAGACCUGGUCCUCCUUCCGCCCCUCCCUGGUGCACUGGGACGUGCUGCCCUCGCUGCUGCCCACGUGGCUCGCAAUGUACACGGUCGUCGCCUUCUCGUCCUCUCUCGACGUGGCGGCAAUCCAGAUGGACAUGGGCAAGCAGCUCGACUUCAACCACGAGCUCAUCACGGUUGGCCUCUCCAACGCUGCCUCGGGCCUCUGCGGAGGCUUCACCGGCUCGUACAUCUUCUCGACCACGAUCUUCACCUACCGAACCGGCACCCGCCUCCGCCUCUGUGGCGCCGUGGUGAUCGCCGCCGAGCUACUCCUCUUUGCGUCGCCGGUCACCGUGGGUGCGUACGUGCCGAAGCUCUUCUUUGGCGCCGUCCUCACCUUCAUCGCCGCGGACCUCCUCGUCGACUGGCUCUGGGCCGCGCGCCACAAGGUGCACCCGACCGAGUAUGCAAUCAUCCUCCUCACCUUCGGCGCCAUCAACUGCUUCGGCCUCGAGGUUGGCAUGUGCGGCGGCGUGCUCAUCGCCAUGUGCCACUUCAUCAUCGACUACGCGUCCGCGCCCGUCGUCCGACGGAUCGACGUGCGUUCGACUGUGCUGCGCUCCUUUGCGCACUCGCGCGCCCUCGCCGGCGAGCAGACCCGACUCAUCUCUCUCCGCUGCCGCGGGUACAUCUUCUUCGGCUCGACUCUCCGCAUCAUGGAGGACGUCCUCUCCGCCGUCUCCGUGCCGCCGCACCUCGAGCCCACCCUCGGCAGACCCCCCUCCAAGCAGCGCCCCUCGGCUCAGCCUGCGCCGCCCACCCGCUUCGUCCUCUUCGACUUCGCCGCCGUCACCGGCCUCGACGCGACCGCCGCCCGCGCGUGCUUCCUCAACCUCACGCGCACCCUCGCGCCGCUCGGGAUCGAGGCGCUCGAGUACUGCGAGGAGAAGCUGCUCGAGGAGGCGACGCGCAAGCAGCCCAUCGGCACGCGCGAGUUCGACUCGUCCCCCUUCGUCGCGCGCGCCGCCACACAGUCCGCGCCCGACUUGGCGCACCUGGCCGCCCUCGCCGGCGAGCCUGGCGGGGGGGAAGAGAAUAGUCAGCGUCGGCAGAGGGGGCAGCUGGCUGGCGAGGUGGAGCUGUGGGAGGAGCGAGCCUCCGGCAAGAGAGGCGCCGACAGGGAGCAGGUCCGCAUCGCCAGGUACGCGCACGGCGGCAUCUUCGGCGAGCUCGACUUCUUCCUGCACAACCGGCGCUCGUUCCGCGCCGAGGCGGGAGGCGGCGGCACCUCGCUCCUCACCCUGACCCGCGGCAGGCUGCGCGACAUGCAGUCCGAGGCGCCUCACCUCGCCGCGGCGCUCGAGCACGCGCUGCUGCGCUACCUCUGCUUCCAGGUCAACGCCAAGCUCGGGCUCGUCGACGGCGUGAGCGACGUGACAGACCCGUUUGCGCGGGCCUCGCAGCCCCUCUCGACGAGGGCAAAUCCCCCCUGA